UCCACAUAAUUGACUGAACGCCGCAGUGAGUGCGUUCCUCCCGCGACCGACGCACCGUGAACACCGAUAUUCACGCGACCCCUGUAUCAAGGACGUAUUUACAAGAGCACGAAUAACCUCCGGUUAUAAUGUGGCUAUAAACAAACGUCCGUCAUUCGAUUGUGGGAUGGAUUUGCUCGCUCUGAGAGGAGAAAUACCUUUGGUCGGUCUGACACGAGGCGCCUUUUGUGUUGUUUUUGUCGGGACGUUGUGUUGAUGUUGCAGCUUGCAGCAUGCUAACUGCGCUAAAGUGCUGAUCUGCAGCGCUACUGCCUAUAAACACCACUCAGUGUCUAACAAGAGCUUUAUCUGGCACUGAUAACUGACAUGACACGUGUGGGUUUAAUCUACGCUGCAUGAUGUAAAGAUUUCUGGAUGAUGUUCAGCUUUGUUUCGGGAUUUUUUACGCUUUGGUCACUGAGACCUUCAACACCAGGGUUUGGGCUUUGAGUCGCCUCUAAAGCUACAGGAGAACAUCUGUAGUAUAUGGCGAAUAUUCUCUGUGACACCAAACCGCAUCUUUGUGUAGGGACCUGCUACAGAAAAACACCACAGAAUCCUAGAAAACCUUCUUCAGAAUGUCCUCCAUGGACCGUGGAGACCUGGAUGAGGGUGCAGGUGUCAAACCUUCUUCUAAUAUGAGUGAGGAUUCUCUCCAGGCGCAGAAAUCAAAAAGCCUCCCUACGCUUAACGAGACUAAAGGGCCUGAAAAUCCGGCUGCAGAAGGUAAAACACCGGUGUCAGCGGCGGAGAGCAGCUCCAGCUCCAAGCCCGAGGGGUCCUGCGGUGUGUCCGCGAGGAGCCGCCGCGUCUCCGCGCUGAUGCCCCCGCAGCUCGCCCGCGUGUCCCUGAGGCGCUACUGGAGCGUGUUGUUUUCUGACUCACGUUGUUUUUUAUUCUAUAUGUGUUACCUCACAUUCAUUCAGUCGCUCAUGGUAUCCGGUUACCUCAGCAGCGUUAUCACCACUAUAGAAAAGCGCUACAGUCUUCGUAGUUCAGAAUCUGGUCUACUGGUCAGCUGUUUUGAUAUAGGGAGUCUCCUCAUUGUCGUCUUCAUCAGCUACUUCGGUGGACGCGGUCGGAGGCCACGUUGGCUUGCCAUAGGAGGAAUGGUCAUUGCUGUGGGUGCUGCACUAUUUUCUCUCCCUCACUUCAUCUCUCCACCUUAUCAGCUGGAGCAGUUGAACACCACAGGACGGGGGGAGGGGCUCUGCACCGUUACCAAUAGCAGUAGGAGGGAAGGGCCUGAGGCAUGUCCACGGGACCAGGAAGACAGUGAGCAUGCUCUGUAUGUGGCGCUGUUUAUUUGUGCUCAGAUUCUGAUUGGCAUGGGAUCGACGCCCAUCUACACCCUUGGACCCACCUACCUGGAUGAUAAUGUGAAAAAAGAGAAUGCAUCACUUUACUUGGCUAUCAUGUAUGUGAUGGGAGCUCUAGGUCCAGCUGCCGGCUACCUGCUGGGUGGAGUUCUGAUUGGAUUUUAUGUGGACCCAAACACUGCUGUGAACAUUGACCAGAAUGACCCCCGUUUUGUAGGAAACUGGUGGAGUGGGUUUCUUUUCUGUGCUGUGGCCAUGCUGCUAGUGAUAUUCCCCAUGUUUGCCUUUCCAAAAAAGCUCCCCCCUCGCCAGAAAAAGAGCAACAGGAAGAAAAAGUGUGUGGGGGACCUGCCAAGUGAUGAUGAGGUGAUGAAAGAGAAGAGCCAAGGCGUCUCUUCCUCCAUUGGCUUUGGAAAAGACAUCAAAGAUUUGCCCAAGGCAGCUCUUCGUAUCCUGAGCAAUGUAACAUUUUUGUUUGUCAGCUUGUCAUACACAGCAGAGUGUGCCAUUGUUACAGCCUUCAUCACUUUCAUCCCUAAGUUUAUUGAAUCUCAAUUUGGGGUUCCAGCAUCCAGUGCCAGUAUCUAUACAGGUUUGGUAAUUGUGCCCAGUGCUGGUGUUGGAAUAGUACUGGGAGGAUAUAUUAUUAAGAAGCUGAAAUUAGGAGCAAGAGAGUCAGCCAAACUGGCCAUGAUCUGUAGUGGAGUGUCUCUGCUCUGUUUCUCUACACUCUUCAUUGUUGGCUGUGAGAGCAUUAAUCUAGGAGGAAUCAACAUACCCUACACUACUGGGCCCACAUUGACUCUGUCCCAUCGGAACCUAACAGGGGGCUGUAAUGUUAACUGUGGUUGCCGGAUCCAUGAGUACGCUCCUGUAUGUGGUUCUGACGGAAUAACGUACUUUAACCCCUGUCUGGCUGGCUGCAAUGGUGUCUCCAAUCACAGCACAGGAAUCAGGAAUUAUUCAGACUGUGCUUGUGUACAAAGCAAACAGGUAAUCACUCCAUCUGGAGGAAAUCAUGAGUUGCAAGUGGUUAUCGUAAAGACGUAUCUUAAUGAGAAUGGCUAUGCGCUUGCUGGCAAGUGUGAGCGCACUUGUGGGACUCUCAUAACCUUCCUCAUCUUCCUCUUCAUUGUCACCCUCAUAACUGCCUGUGCGCAGCCUUCUGCCAUCAUAGUCACCCUGAGGUCUGUUGAAGAGCAGGAGAGACCAUUUGCUUUGGGAAUGCAGUUUGUUCUUCUUAGAACUCUUGCCUAUAUCCCGACUCCGAUAUAUUUUGGUGCCGUGAUUGACACCACCUGUAUGCUCUGGCAGCAGGACUGUGGUGUUCAUGGAUCCUGUUGGGAGUAUGAUGUGACAUCACUGCGGUUCGUCUACUUUGGCUUGGCGGCCAGCCUCAAGUUUCUAGGCUUCUUCUUCAUCUUCCUUACAUGGUAUUCACUGAAGCGGCGUGAUGAGCAGGGACACCUACAUACACAUCCUGUAUCCCCACUGGACACAGUGAGCCAGUUGAUGUGCCAUGCAGGAUGGCAAAAAGGUCAUGCUCGCACACGCUCCUGCCCUGUCUUCCUACCCCGCCCCAUUGAACACUGCCAUGCUGCUGCAAUGUCAACUGGACCUGCUCUAAGCCGUGGCAGCAGUUGCCCCAGCAAUGGCCUGAAAGCAAUAACCUUGCCCAUCAGGUCUCUGGAGAAAGUAGUAAUAUGAGAGAUUAGUGUAGAUACACACACAUUCACACACCCAAAU